AUGGCGCCGCCCAUGAAAGCGCAACUGCCCGACGAGAUCGUCGAUCAUAUCCUUCACCUAGCAUGCACCCUGCCACCACUUCGCACCGACGACUUUCGAGAGCCAUCCGACUUUGACGCCAAUCGACUCAAGGCUCGCUCUUCAGCACCGCAUCUUGAUGUACGCACUACCCUCAAGCUGCUCCUUCUCUCACCGCAGCACUAUCCGUACAUUGCCUCCAUCCUCUACAAGGGUCCUCGUCUCUCCGACCCCAUCAGUCUUUCGCUCUUCGCGCGUACCCUCACUAACCGACCAGCCCUAGGACGACUCGUCAAGCAUCUUUGGGUCGGCCACACGUAUCAAGGGGAAGGAAUUCCGCCCAACGCGCUCACUUUCGGUCUUGGCGGCUGUCAUACCGCCUACAGCCUCAAUGCUGAUCUCGCUACCAUCGACGACGUCAGAAAGUGCCUCGCGCAGGGCAUUGCUCCAUCUAAUCUGCUGUCACCGGCCUUCGAGAAGAGGAUAGCGCAAUGGGCUGCUCAAAAUGUACAGGCCAACAGUCGCACCAUCGACCCCGCUCGUGCGCCCCGAGGCAUUCACAUUGACGCUCCCGGCUCCGGCGAUCGAGACCAUCGAGGCUGGAAUUCGAUCGGCGUCGACGAAUGGGUCCUCCGACUCUGGGACGGCCGUGACCUCGUCAAACAGUUCAGGGAAGUGGCCAAACGCGCCUUCUUCCUCGAGCUCAAGCGUCUCUCGUUCAAGGCCUCCUCCAGCAGGUCCUCCUCUGCUUCGUCUUCCAGGUCUUCGUCGUCCCCCGCAUCACCCCGCUCAGCAUCUCCCUCCGCAGCACACAAAUCGACUCGCUUCAACACAGCAAGCGCAGCCAGUCUUCUCGACACUGACAUGGUCACCCCCUUCUCGGCUCAAGGCGCAGAGCACCGAAUCCCUGGCACCGAACAAGAUCCCCUCGACUGGGCCGAUGCGACGCAUGCACCUCAACCAAACACCUCCCGCACCAUCGACAACGAUGAGGCCAUCUACUCCGAAGAGAUGGACCUUGACGAGAUUGACGCAGAACGUGAUCGCUGCUUUGCGGAGAUGGGCGUCCAGAAACCAGCAUGGCGCUCUCAAAACUGGUCCGAGAUUGCCAAGGUCGGCGAUCAGAAGGUCGAAUGGUGGGUGGUGUGGCUGCUCGCAAAGACACGCGCUCGUGCUCGCAUCGUGGCCCGCCGCGUCUGGCAAGCAGAUCACGCUCAAGACCCCAAGCUGCGCAGCUGGCGUGCUCUUCGCCCACGUCCAGAGCUGCACACCAAAAACCACUUCACACAUCCUACCCUCUUUGCCCGCUCCGGUGCCAGUCAUCUGCUCGUAGGUGGCGCUCCUCCUCCGACCAGGGACGAGCUCUACGGCGGCCGUCAUGGCGAUCUCGACGGCAUGUCAGACUCGGACAGCGACUCCGAAUCAGACGCCGACUCGUACACAGACGGAAGCGAUUAUGACUCGGAGAUGGAAGCAUCCACCUCUCGCAUGGAGAUGUCCAUCGUACGCGAGCCUGCAUCUUCUCAAUCCCAUCGUCACGGCACCGGUCGCGCCGCGACAGGCUCUUCCACCUUUGCUUUGCCCGAAUUUGUCGAGCCAGAGCAGCAGAAGCCCGAAGAUCCAGCCGACUUGUGGGGCGGCGACCAUAACUUCGCCAACGGCAACGAAAGAGCCGGAGCAGGCAACAGCAUUCUGGGUUCUCGUGGCGGGAUGUUCGGCUUCGACUCGGCCCUUCGCACCGGUCUCCUCGAUGAGCCCGACGCAGGACUCGACGAUGGCACCGAGUUCGCCACAUUGCAACGGGAGAAGCAGCGUCGACGCAACGACGAGGACCGCCUGCUGUCCGAGAUGACGCUUGGCUCGAUCCUGCAAAGCUUGCGAACUGUUAUGAUGCUGACACCGCGACUCAAGGACUUGGCUCUUGACGGUGUGCUGGAGCGUAGCAUCGCUGGUCGUCGAGCCAUGUGCAACAUGGGCAAGCUGAAGAGCCUUUCCCUGGGUCCUCCGCCACCCUACUGGAGCUCGCCACUACUCUUCGGUCACCCUUUCAAGACCACACGCCGAGAGAAGUUGGCGUACCAUCAAAGGAUGCACGGUUCCAGCCACCCCGACUUUGGCCCAGACGAUGGUCGCUCUCAAAGCAUCUGGCCUUUGCCAGGCGUGCUCAUGCCCUCGCCAGCAUUCUCGACGUUGCGCACACUUCACAUUUCGGGAUGCAUGCUCUUCCCUUCCGAGGCCAGAGCAGUUGGUGGCCUCGGUGGUCAAUUGCCUAGUCUGCGUCACUUCCGCUGGUCUCUCUGGCAGCCACACGUCGAUGGUCAUCCUGUCGGCGUCGUCGAGACGCUGUGUGCCAUCCUCGACAUUCCCACGCCCGAAGAAGAAGCAGCGGCUGCCGCAGCCAGCUCUCGGGCAACUGCAAUCGAAGGAUCGAGUUCCGGCUUCCGCUUCGGGACAUCCACUUCAAGCUCUGGCACGUACCGAGAGAUCGGCGACCGAAAGAGACGCCGACGCCACGGAGACAUUCGCCGUACGUCCAAUCCGUUCAGCGCCAGUGCAUCAUCCAUGACCGAUUCAGUCUUAUCUUCCUCGCUCGGAAGCAGCAUUACCGCUGCUGGCGGAUCCCACGAGGCCAGCAUGUACGCUCUCGUGACGCGCAAACGCAAGCUUCGCUCUGUCUACGUGACGCUCCACCCCACGGAUCAAGCCAUCUUUGCACGCAAAGCGCCUGCAGCGCUGCGAUACGACACGCGCCUCACCAUGGAGACGGCCAAGUGCAAGAACGUCGAGGACAACCUCGAGGAGAUGCAGCGCUGGUGGGAGUGGGAGAGCGGCAUGCUUCAUUUCAAGCCUACCGUGUCGAAUCUGGACGCCAUCACGCAGGCAGCUAAGAGGAAGCAGAUAGCGGGGCCGCCGAGCUCGCUAUCGGCACAAGAGCUCAACGCGGAUCACAGUGGGAUUCAGAUGGAUCUGAGGAGGGCGAUGGAUACCGAGUUGGAGCUCGAGCCGCGGGUCUGA